AUGGCACGAAAUAGCGAAAAAGCACAAUCAAUGCUUUAUAGGUUUAGAGCAUCUCAAGCAGCAGAAUUAGGAAUUAUUGAUACAGGAUCUCAACGUCGUCCAAAAUUAAUUACAGAGGUUGAUUCUAUUCAAGCAUGUGAAAAAUGGAGGGGACAAGUUGUUAAAGAAAUAUCCAGAAAGAUUUCGAAAAUACAAGAUCCCAGUUUAACUGAUUAUCAAAUUCGUGAUCUUAAUGACGAUAUUAAUAGAAUGAUGCGGGAAAAGCAUAUGUGGGAAAUACAGCUUCGAAACCUAGGGGGCCCCAACUAUAUGAGAUUUGGACCUAAAAUGGUGAAUGCAGAAGGCAGGGAAAUCCCAGGUCAUAGAGGAUACAAAUAUUUUGGUCGCGCAAAAGAACUUCCUGGUGUUAAAGAACUUUUCGAUGAGUUAGUCCCAAAGCCUCCUCCUAAACCUAAAAUAUCAGAAGCAAUAUAUAAAAACUUAGAUGCUGUAUAUUUUGGAUAUCAAGAUGAAAAUGACGAAGAACUUUUAGAAUUCGAAAGACAAAAGGAACAAUUAAAUAUGGAAACAAUGUUAAAUAGUAAAGAAGGAGAACCAAAGGAAGACUGGCGUCCUAUUGAAGACUUUUAUGUACCCAAUCAAAAAGAGAUCGAAAAAUUUUUACUUGAAAGACGAAAAAAAAAAUUAUUAGAAAAAUAUGCAAAAUAA